AUGAGUGCUCCGAAUGGCUAUUAUUUUAGGGCUGCUCGAAUGAGUGUUGGACCCAGGAGUUCGAUGCGGAUUCUGGAUCCUUCUCCACCGAGAAGGUCUCGUGAGGUAGAGAGUCCUUCUUCUCCACCACCACAACAAGUUAAUACAAUUGAUUUGGAAGUUGGUGAUAUUGAUGAUGAUGAUAUCAACGUCAUUGACUCCCCACCCAGAGAUCUUUCCCAGGUUGGAACUGCAAGGAGGACUCGUAGAAGGAUUAACAAUAUUGUGGAUUUGGAUCAAUCCACGACAUCUGAUAAUAAUCACAUUAGACGUAGUAGAAGACUUCUCAAAAAAACACCAAUUAGUUCAGAAGGAUCUAACAAGUCUAAGGUGCCUGAGCUUCCAAGGGAGUCAAUCUUUAAAUGCCCAAUAUGUAUGUGUCCUAUGGUGAAAGAAAUGUCAACAAUGUGUGGUCACAUUUUUUGCAAGAAAUGCAUUACAGCUGCAAUAGAUGCACAAAGUAAAUGCCCUACCUGUAGGAAAUUUGUUACUAUGAAAGAGCUUAGAAGGGUGUUUCUUCCAUCAGCUAAUUGA